AUGUUCGGCGGCCCGGCAAACGGUGGCGCCCAGCCGGCGGGUGGCAUGUUCGGAGCUGCCGGUGGCGCCAACGCUGGCGCGCAUGGCGCUGCUUCUAACGGCAUGUUUGGAGCGGGCGGUCUUGGUGGUGGAAUGUUUGGUGGCGCCACAGGCAGCGCAAACGGCCAAGCGGCUGCCGGAGGCACGGCCCCAAACCCCGGUGGCAACCCCGGAGCCUCUGCAGGGAUGUUCGGGCAAAAGGGAGGCUCGAUGUUCGGCGGUGCUCCUGCCGGGGGCGGCAUGUUUGGCGGCGGCUUGGCGGGCGGAUCGAGCGCAGCAGGCGAGGUGCAGGGCCGCAACUGCCGCUUCCUGCAGGGGCCGCGGACGGAGCCGCAGUCGGUGGCGGUGAUCCAGGACACGCUCCGGCGCGGUGUCGACUGCCACGUCAAGAUCACAAACUACCGCAAGUCGGGCGAGAACUUCCAAAACCUGCUCACGAUGCGGCCGGUUCACGACUCGAACGGCGUCUACCGCUACUGCAUCGGCGUGCAGUUCGAGAUCACGCCCAACGACCCGAAGCUCAAGAGCCGGCUCGCCAAGCUCGACAAGCUGAUUCAGCUGCUGCCCAAGACCUUCGACGUCUCCAGCAGGGCCGUCGGCGUCAACCACCGGGUGGAGGAGGCGCAAGCGGAGAAGGAGCAGAGCACCGAGCAGAAGCUAAUGGGCGCGCUCGAGGGCAGCGCGGAGGUGUACUCGGAGGAGAAGCUGGAGGACGGCGAUCACUACGCUGACCACUACAAGGACCACCUCGCUCACUGCUCAAAGGUCUCGAACCUUAAGCGGGACGAGCAGCUCGACCAGAUGGCGAAAAAGCUCGGGCUCAGUCCGCCAAACCCGGGCCCGUGGCUGGCCAUGUUUACCCAGAUCGCCGACCGGCUCGACGUGGCGAUCGUCGUCACAGAUAUGAAGACGCCGGGCCUUCCCGUGACUUACGUCAACAAGGCGUGCACCAAGCUGACGGGCUACACCCAGGACGACUUUGUUGGGCGCAACUGCCGGUUCCUGCAGGGCCGUCGCACCGAAGGGGCUGCCGUGCGCGCGAUGACGACGGCGAUCCGCAAGGCCGAUGACCUCACCAUCAAGGUGACCAACUAUCGAAAGGACAAGACCGAAUUUGUGCUCGUGCUCGCCCUCCACCCGGUCCACGACACCUCGGGCGAGUACCGCUACCAGAUUGGCAUCCAGUGCGACGCCUCCCGCUGGUCGAGCGAGCAGGCCCUGUUUGAGAAGGUCCGCAAGGCGCUGCCGACCCACUUUGAGUCCUCGGCGCAGCAGACCAAGUACGACGAGUCUCUCACCAAGGUCGACACCAAGGCGCAGCGCAAGCAGUGGGCCGACUCGCUCAAGAAGUUCACGCGCCUCGUCUGGUCGAUGGAUUGGGACACCACGCUGAAGCAGUUCAUGGACGAGCAGCAGGCGCUGCAAGCGUUUUACGGCUACCUCUCCAAGACCUCGCCCAACGAGGCUCUGCAGUUGGAGAUGUGCAUGAACGCCAAGCAGUUGGAGGCGUUGCCCGAGGAGCAGGCCGCCGCGGCGGCGAUUCAGAUGUGUGCAAACUAUCUCGGCAUCCAGGCGGCGAGCGGGGAGGCUGCCCUCGGCUCGCUCAACAAUCAGGUCGAGCAGUCGAUGACGGCACUCGCGCUCGAGGCCCUCCCCAAGUUUGUGCAGUCCAAGGCGUGCAUCCCCAUCUUGGAGAAGAUGCUUGAGGGAAGCGACGACAACAUGAAGCGAGCAGACGAUCUGCUGUGGGCCGACUACAAGGUGCCUGACGACGUGGCCGGCUGGCUGCACUCCUUCGUGAGCGUCGCCAUGACGUACCCCGCGUGCAUCGUCAUCAGCGACAUGACCAUCCCCGGCAACCCGAUGUGCUUUGUCAACAGCGAGUUUUGCCGCGUGACGGGCUACGACCUGCGGGAGGUGCAGGGCCGCAACUGCCGCUUCCUGCAGGGGCCGCGGACGGAGCCGCAGUCGGUGGCGGUGAUCCAGGACACGCUCCGGCGCGGCGCGGACUGCCACGUCAAGAUCACAAACUACCGCAAGUCGGGCGAGCUCUUUGAGAACUUGCUCACGAUGCGGCCGGUUCACGACUCGAACGGCGUCUACCGCUACUGCAUCGGCGUGCAGUUCGAGAUCACGCCCAACGACCCGAAGCUCAAGAGCCGGCUCGCCAAGCUCGACAAGCUGAUUCAGCUGCUGCCUAAGACCUUCGAAGUCUCCAGCCAAGCCGUGGGGAUGACGCACAAGCGUGACGAGCCCGAGGCGGAGAAGGGCAACACCGAGGCCCGGAUCAUGGCGGCUCUCGAGGGGGCAAAGAGCGUGUACUCGGAGGAGACGCUGGAGGACGGCGACUUUUACGCUGACCACUACAAGGAACACCUUGAGCACUGCUCCAAGGUUGCUCAGGUUGGCCAUGCCAUUAGCCACGCCGCACCGGAGAAGAAGCCGGGGCAGCAAUCUGGCGGCGGCGGCAAGCCAGGGCUGGCUCCGAAAAAGAGCACGGGCCUCGGCCUCUUCGCCUCGCCGCGGGUCGCUCCAAAGGCUUGA